AUGCUUCGAUCGAUAUUCGAGUCGAGCUUGGCUCGCACAGCCAGUAGUGGCGCAAAGCCAGCGGCUUCAACAUCAGCAGUACGACUCGCAACGGCGCAAGUCCCAAGGAGAGGGAUAGCCACCUUGUCGUCCUCCUCAUCAGCACGCUCCCCACCCACCAUCCCUCGAAGAACAUCGAUUGCAGCGCCCUUCAGCACAACAUCAACCCGAACCACUGCCACGCUCAUACGCAAGCCCGAAGAACCAGAAGAACCCGAAGUCUAUCGCGAUGGCGAACCGACCAUCAUCGCCACGGAUCGGGCCAUCUCCCAACUCAAGAAAGUAGCUGAACGCGAGAACAAUUCAUCCUUAUCACUGCGGGUCGCUGUCGAACCAGGCGGAUGCCACGGCUACCAAUACAAAAUGGAGAUCACCCAAGAGAUCGAAGAUGAUGACUUCCAAUUCCAAGUUCAUCCUGGCCUUUCCAUCUUGGUUGACAGCGUCAGCUUGGCCUUAGUCCGAGGAAGCACUGUCGACUAUGUCACAGAACUUAUUGGCUCGCAGUUUGCCAUCAAGAACAACCCGCAGGCAAAAGGAGCAGGUUGUGGCUGCGGUGUUAGUUGGGAACCUGCAAUCUGA